AUGGAUUCGUGCAAUACAAGUGGAGAAAAACAGAUGGAUCGAGUGUACAGAGGAGUGAGGCGCAGGAGCUGGGGGAAAUGGGUAUCUGAGAUAAGGAAGCCCGGGACCAAAACCAGGAUUUGGCUGGGCUCAUAUGACCAUCCCCAUAUGGCGGCUCGAGCAUACGAUGUGGCGGCUGUUAGCCUCAAGGGAAAAUUGGCCUUACCAAAUUUCCCGGAUUUGGUUCACACGCUUCCUCGUCCUGCUUCUCUCGAUCCUCGAGACAUUCAAUUGGCUGCUGCGGAAGCGGCGCUUUCGUUUACAGACUAUUCCCAUGUGACCACAAGUCAAGAAAGGUUCCCCCAUUUUCAUGCAUUCUGCUUCAAUCCCCCCGCGGCUGAAGCCGCCGCCUUUGGAGUUGGCGGCGACUGUGAAAUGAUUGAUCGUAAUGAUUCGAUUAUUCUGGAACAAACCACGCCGCCAAAUUGCAUGAUUGAUGAGGAAUGUGGAAGAGAAGUUGGCGGCUUACGUCGAAUUAGGACUGAGCGUCUUCAAUUGGACGAAGAGCUGCCGCUAUUUGAAUCCCCAAAUUUAGUGAUGAAUUUGGCGGAAGCUCUGCUUUUGAGUCCUCCUCGCUUUGAAGAAUUCGGCUAUCAUGGUAACGAUUAUAUUGAUGAUGGGUAUUACUUUGAGCCUCCGGAGCUUGGAUUUCUUUGGAGUGACUGUUGA